AUGGGCGUGGACAGCGGUGCGAACCCGCUUCGAAUCGAGCUGUACAGCGACAUCAUGGAGGCGCUCGGCGACUCCCCGCUCACUUACGACGACUACAUGAACCUCCCCACCAGCGCGAAGAAGUACGAAGCGUGGCUGCGGAUCGAGCGUAGUGUGCAGGCCGUGCGCGACGCGCGCGCCAUUUUCUGGCGGCAUCUUCGCAAGAUCCAGUUCAACGUGGCGGUGCCGGAGCAGAGCGACUUCGUCCACGUGGGCACGACGAAAGAGAACAUCGAGUUCCUCACGCAGCCCUCCGCGUGGGCGUCGCGCCUGCGUCUGUCGCGGCACGUGCAGAGCUACAUCACCAACCCCGCGGCGCUGUCGGACGUCGUCGUGAUGAACUCUCUGGUCUCGGGCGACGGCGAGGCGGGCUCCUGCGCGGUGAUCGAGCACUGCCGGCUCUCGGGCACCUGGUCGAUCGGCUCGCGCGCCUUCCUCUCGCAGCUGCGCUCGUUCUCGGACGUGUCGGUGCGCGACGGGAUCGCGGUGCAGGAGAUCGCGGUGUCCACGCUGAACCGCGCCUCGCCCGACGAGGGCGUGCUGACGUCGCGCCUGGAGGACUGCCACCACGCCGUGGUGAUCUGCUACUCCAUCCACGACUCCAUCAAGGCGCAGCUCGGCACGCCGCAGGCCACUGUCUGCGGACAGUCCUGGGAGCGCUUCUUCGAGGUGUCCGGGCUCUCCGAGAAGCGUGUCUGGCCCGAGGGCGACGACCGCUCGCUCUGGUCCGCGAAGCUGUUCCCCGUGCUCACGCCGGGCGAGGACGAGCUGGACGUGGCGCUCUGGCUGCAGGACAUGGCGCACGUGAACAUGGAGUCGGUGAAGCGCUGGCGCGCGUGCGAGCGCAUCAGUCUGAGCGACAUCCUGACGUACUGCAACCCGUGCACGUCGUUCGAGUGGCGCCACCGCCUCAACCUCGAGGUCGCGCUGGCCAAGAUGGAGGAGGUGCUGCGCAACGGCGAGGACGUCUGCGUCCUCGGGAUCAUCCGCAAGAUCGUCAGCUUCGGCGUGCUCAACGAGCUCGCCCUCGCGCGCCUCGACGCCCUCGCGACCUCCUGCGACCCGCGCCGCGUGCCUCGCAUCUUCAGCACCAUCGCCGACUUCCUCGCCGAGAUGGCGCACAACAAGGGCGGACUCCGCUCAGGGCCCGCGCACAACCCCGACUGGGACCUCCCCAUGGCGUCGCUGCGCGCCGGCCGCCUCGCCGAGGCCGUCUCCAUGAUGGCCGCGCUGCGCGCGAAGUGGGUCAACUCGCCCGAGCGCAUGGUGCGCGCCGCGCGGCACUACGAGGCCGCCGCGCAGGUGCUGGUCAGCGAGGUCAUCUACAAGUGCGCGCGGUCCUUCCGCCGCUCCGCCGCGCCGCCGCUGGGCACCUGGGUGCGCGCGAGCUGCCCCAUCCGCGCGGAUCUGGCGGGCGGCUGGACGGACACGCCCCCCAUCACGUACGAGCUGCGCGGCGGCGGCGUGUGCGUGAACGUGGCGAUCAACCUGGAGGGACAGAUGCCCGUCGUGGCCUGCGCGCGCCGGCUGAAGGACCCCGUGCUGGUGCUGCAGCCGCCCGAGGACUCGCCGUCGUCGCCGAUGGUGUGGCGCACGCGCAGCGACAUCGCGGACUACCACCAGCCGCUGGCGCCGGGCGCGCUGUUCAAGUGCGCUGUGAUCGCGCUGGGACUGGUGAACCCCGCGAGCAGCCAGGAGCUGGACCAGCAGCUGAACUUCAACGUGGGCGGCGGCAUCGAGGUGCGGAUGAAGAGCUCGCUGCCGCAGGGCUCGGGCCUGGGCACGUCCUCCGUGCUGAGCGGCGCGCUGCUGGCCGCCAUCUGCACGGCGGUGGGCUACGAGUACGACGCGGACUCGAUCGUGCACUCCGUGCUGAUCCUCGAGCAGCUGCUGACCACGGGAGGCGGCUGGCAGGACCAGGUGGGCGGGCUGCUGCCCGGGUUCAAGUACUCGGAGUCGCCGGACCAGUUCCCCGUGGCCGUCAAGACCGAGGUCCUCCCCGCGACGCCCGAGUUCAUCGAGGCCAUGAACGGCCGGCUGAUCGCGAUCUACACGGGCCGGCAGCGUCUGGCGCGGUCGCUGCUGCAGGACGUGAUCCGCCACUGGUACGCGCGCGAGCCGUCGAUCCUGCAGGCGGUGACGGACCUGCGGCGCAACUCGGAGGUGUGCAGACAGGCCAUCCGCGACGGCGAUCUGGAGGCCGUGGGCCGCUGUCUGAGCAAGUACUGGGAGAGCAAGCGCGUGAUGGCGCCGCAGAGCGAGCCGAAGUUCGUGGUGGAGAUGCGCGAGGCGCUGGACGACAUCAUUCUGGGAUCGUCGCUGGCGGGCGCCGGAGGCGGCGGCUUCUUCCUGUGCAUCACCAAGGAGGCGGACCAGCUCGAGGAGGUGAAGAGACGGCUGAGCAAGGUGCAGGGCGUGGACGACAUGAUGUUCAUGCGCGCUCAGAUCAACAUGAAGGGACUCGAGGUCACGAUUGGCGAGGAGUGCAUCGGAAACCCGCUCGUGAAGCAGUAAAGGGGCGUGUGUCUUUCUUUGGUGGGAGGCGGUCGGGUGGAAGGACACGAACUUACGAACUACUUAUUUGAUUGU